UCCCAGCACCUCCCUCAGGCCCAGCAGCCGGAUUUCCCGGUCCAGGCCCAGCCCUUUAAAGUCGUGGCCCCAGCUUUCUGGCCCGCUGUGCACUGAGGCUGUACGGAGCACUGCGGGGACCCUGGGUGCCUGGCGGAGGCACAUUUGGGCUGUGACAGACAGGGGAAGGGGACGGAGCUCAGAGCGGCGAGCUGAGAUCCCCAGGGCCAGCCAGCUAACCAGGGGCAGAGCCAGGAUCCCGAUUCAGGUCAGUGUGGCCCCAGAGCCCUGAUGUUCUCUCCUCUGCGUCUCACCUGCCUGACAGGGGUCCUGGCUUCUCGAACCUCCAUUUUAACUGAUUCCCCCCAGGGGGAGGGGCGGGGGAGGAAACGGAUGGUCCCCGCCUCCUCCUCACAAUCCCUCGAUGCGGAGGCCUUCCUCCUCCUAGGGAGCGGCUUAGAGAUGCUGCUGCUGCUGCUGUUCCUGCUGUUGCUGCUACUGCCUCCACUGGUGAUGCUCUGGUGGUGGCACUCCCAGGAUGCCAGGCUGUCCUGGCUUGUCUGCCUCCAGCACCGUGUAGCAUGGAGGGUCCUGUGCUGGGCAGCUGCCUGGCAGCAGAAGAGGCUGGAGCAGAGCACGCUGCACGCAGGCCAGAGUCAGCAGCAGGCCCUGAGAUGGUGUCUGCAGCGGGCCCAGGGUCCCUGCUGUCCCCUCAGGGGGAGCACAGAUAUAAGCACCUUCCGGAAUCAUCUUCCACUGACCAAGGCCAGCCAGGUCCAGGAGGAAGAGGGUAGGGGGCAGGUCUUGCCCCCUACCUCAAACCAGUACUGUGGGGAGGCCUCUCUGCAGGCCACCUUGCUGGGUCUGGUAGCGCUAAACAAGGCCUAUCCAGAAGUGCUGGCUCCGGGAGGCACAGCCCGUGUGACCCCUUCCUCCCCUUGGCCCUACCCCCUCCCCUGGCCUUGGCAUGCCCUGGGCCAGGUGGGCCCUACCAGAGCCAAGGACCCUGGGGCUUUGCUGCUGGAGGCACUGAGGUCCCCAGGGCUGCGGGCCCUGGAAGCCGGGACAGCGGUCGAGCUACUAGACGUCUUCGUGGGCCUGGAGGCCAAUGGCGAAGAGCUGGCUGAGGCGAUAGCUGCUGGGAACCCAGGAGCGCCUCUCCCUGGACGGGCAGCUGAGCUGCGGGAGGCCCUGGAGCAGGGACCCCGAGGGCUGGCCCUUCGGCUCUGGCCCAAACUGCAGGUGGUGGUGACUCUGGAUGCAGGAGGCCAGGCCGAGGCCGUCACUGCCCUGGGGGCCUUGUGGUGCCAAGGGUUGGCCUUCUUCUCACCUGCUUACGCUGCCUCCGGAGGGGUGGUGGGCCUGAGUCUGUGGCCAAAGCAGCCCCGUGGCCUCUACCUUCUGCCCCCUGGAGCCCCCUUUAUUGAGCUGCUCCCACUGAAGGAAGGAGCCCAAGAAGAUGCUGCCCCCACCGUCCUGCUGCCCGAGGCCCAGCAGGGCAAGGAGUACGAGUUGGUGCUGACUGACCACGCCAGCCUCACCAGGUGCCGCCUGGGUGACGUGGUCCAGGUGGUUGGUGCCUACAAUCAGUGUCCAGUCGUCAGGUUCAUCCGCAGGCUGGGCCAGACCCUGAGUGUCCGAGGAGAAGACACUGGCGAGGACGUGUUCUCUGAGGCCCUGGGCAGGGCGGUGGGGCAGUGGCCGGGGGCCAAGCUGUUGGACCAUGGCUGUGUGGAGAGCAGCAUCCUGGAUUCCUCCGAGGGCUCUGCCCCCCACUAUGAAGUGUUUGUGGCACUGAAGGGGCUGAGGAACUUGUCAGAGGAAAAUCGAGACAAGCUUGACCACUGCCUCCAGGAAGCCUCUGCUCACUACAAGUCCCUGCGGUUCCGGGGCAGUGUGGGCCCUGCUCAAGUCCACCUGGUGGGGCAGGGGGCCUUCAGAGCACUGCGGGCAGCCCUUGCUCCCCGCCCCUCCUCCCCCUUCCCCCCAGAGAUGCCCCGGGUCCUCAGACACAGGGAGCUGGCCCAGAUCCUGCAGAGAAGGGUGGUGUCCUGAGCCGGGGCCCACCACCCACCCCAGCCACCCUCUCAGGCUGCUUUGCUCGUUCCUCUGGAGCCACUCUGGAUGACCCUUGGCCAGGGUCUUUGUGUGUCCCCUGACAGCUGUCCAUCAGAGCCACUGGGCCUUGUGGAGGCCUUACCUGUUCUGAAGAGUUGACUUCAGGGGUAGAGCAGACACUGGCAGCGCCCUGCCCGGAGCCCCCCAGGCCCACCCCGGAGGACACCAGAGUUCCAAUCCAUGCUGAUGGCGCCUGCAUCUCCCAGCCCGAGCGCUGGGCAGGCGGGAAGUGUUGGGAGUUACUGCUCCCCGGAGUUCACAUCCAUCAGCAAGAACAGGAGUUGGUGAAGGCAGACCUCAGGUUCCCUGUCCCUCCGUGGGACAAUCCUGAAGUGUAUUCUGUACCUUCUCUCUCGGAGGGUCCCCACCAGCUGCCCACGGUGGUGACCCUCUCAUGAACACAGUUCUUAUUGGUCUUCCUCCUGUCCCUCCCGUCCCCACUGCUUUAUGUGCUUUCAAGGAUUGCCGCCCAAAUAAAACUCUUGCACCCAGA